UAGAGAGAGAGAGAGAGGAGAUGGGGAAGGUAGAGGAGUACAAGCCGGUGAUGGCGAUGAUUGGGUUGCAACUGUGUUACGCAGGAGUGACUCUUUCCUCAAGAGCUACUUUGGUUCAUGGAACAAGCCCUCGAGUUUUUAUCCUCUAUAGGCAAGCCUUGGCAACCAUUUGCAUCUUCCCAUUUCUCUACUUCUCAAGGAGAAAAUCGAAGAUAUCUCCUUUGGAUCUAAAGAGCUUUUCGUUAAUAUUCAUGGUCUCGCUUAUAGGCAUUACAAUCAAUCAAAAUCUGUAUUUUGAAGGUCUUUACUUAGCUUCAUCGUCCAUGGGAAGUGCCAUGGGUAACAUCAACCCUGCUGUUACCUUCCUAAUCUCAUUUCUAGUCGGAUACGAGAAGGUGAAUAUCAAGAAUAUCAGAGGGUUAGCGAAGAUAGCAGGGACGGUCCUAUGUGUAGUAGGAGCGAUCUCCAUGACUCUGCUUCGUGGACCAAAGAUUCUCAACUCAGAGUCUGCUUUAUCCCUUGCGAGCUCGUUGCUAGGAGGUUUAAAGGACCAAAACAUGUGGCUGAUUGGUUGUUUGUUCUUAUUCUCUAGCAAUCUUUGCUGGUCUUUCUGGCUCACACUUCAGGUUCCAAUCUCUGCCUAUUACCCAGAUCACGUCUCUUUAUCAGCAUGGAUGUGUUUAUUCGGAACGAUACAGUGUGCAGUCGUCACCUUCUUCCUUGAGAAAGACCCGAACGCUUGGAUUCUCCAUUCUUACUCCGAGUUUGCUACAUGUCUCUACGCUGGAGUUGUAGCGUCAGCGCUUUCUUUUACCGUCCAAGCUGGCUUAAUCGGAGGAUUAUGUGUGAUAAUGGGACUUUACAUUGUGCUCUGGGGUAAAUCAAAAGAUGUCAUGAAGAAUCAAGAACAAAGAGACAGUAGAAACAACUCGGAAGUAAAGAUUCACAUCGAAGAUUCUUCAAACACAACAAACUGUAAUAAAGAUUUAGAGAAUCCCCUUCUGUCCAAACACAAAUCAACUGAAGAAAUCCAAAACAUCAACAACUAA